AUGCCGUUGUCAGUGUUCAAACAAUUAGGGCUAGGAGCUUCGAGACCUACCACGGUGAUACAACAGUUAGCUGAUAGAUCUUAUGUUUAUCCUGAGAGGGCAAUUGAGGACGUCUUGCUGCAGAUUAGGAAGUUUAUUUUCCCUACUAAUUUUAUCAUCAUGGACUACGAGGCUGAUAAGUUAGUUCCUAUAAUCUUGGGACAACUUUUGUUGUCCACUGGAGAUGCAAUUAUCAAAGUCCUAGAAGGUAAGAUGAUCAUGAGGGUGUACAAAGAAGAAGCAGUCUUUAAUGUAUAUCGAUCCAUUCAUUUGCCUCGUCAUUACGAGUACCUUGCCAUGAUUUCUGUAGUGGAAAUAAAUGAAGCAGUCGUGGAUCCAAGUGCAUUUAAAGAAGAUGCACUAGAAAAGGCAUUGAUGUUGUUCAAUCACUUGGAACUUGAAGAAGAGGUUGAGGAGAUGAUGCAAAUUCUGGAUGCAUCUUGCGAAUACAUAAGAGAAAGAUCCCAAUUUGAGCCUCUGGAUAGGCCAAUUGUCCCGCUCCCUAAACCCUCAGUUGAGGAGGCCCCAAAACUGGAACUUAAGCCCUUAUCGUAUCAUCUUCAUUAUGCAUAUUUGGGAAGUUCUAACACUUUGCCUGUGAUUGUUUCCUCUCAUUUGUCUAACUUGCAGGAAGAAAAGCUAUUAAGGGUACUGAGGGAGCACAAGCGUGCCAUUGGUUGGACAAUGUCUAACAUAAAGGUGCUUGCUAGGUGCAAGAAGACUAAUCUGGUACUGAAUCGAAAAAAGUGCCAUUUUAUAGUACGUGAAGGUAUAAUGUUGGGGCACAAGGUGUCCAAAGAUGGACUGGAAGUUGACAAGGCUAAGGUGAAAGCAAUUGAAAAGCUGUUGUUAGAGAAGGAUGUGUUGUUCAAGUUUGACGAUUCUUGUCUGAAAGCAUUCGAGGAGCUGAAAAAGAAGUUAGUGAGUGCACCAAUCAUAGUGGCUCCUGACUGGAACGAGCCAUUCGAGCUGAUGUGUGACGCUAGUGAUGGUGCAAUUGGGGCCGUAUUGGGCCAGAGGAAGAGCAAAAUAUUUCACUCCAUUUACUACGCAAGCAAGACUCUCACUCCUGCUCAAAUAAAAUAUACUGAAUUUGACUUGGAGAUCCGAGACCGUAAAGGAACAGAGAAUCAAGUGGCCGAUCACUUGUCCAGGUUAGAAACUCGGAGUCAUGUAGCUGAGGGAGAUGUCAUCAAAGAAACCUUCCCAUAUGAGCAAUUGUUGGCCAUUACUGUUGGGGAGGUGCCAUGGUAUGCAAAUUUUGUAAACUAUCUGGCAAGUGGAGAAAUGCCGCCUGACCUUGAACCUCAUGCGAAAAAGAAGUUAUUGCGAGAUGUAAGAUCAUAUGUGUGGGAUGAGCCAUUUCUGUUCAAAUCUUUUACCGAUCAGUUAAUGAGAAGAUGUGUGCUCGAAUCUGAAAUAAAUGCUAUCUUACAUGACUGUCAUGCAUCGCCUUAUGGUGGACAUCAUGCGGGUGACAAAAUGGCAGCCAAGGUGUUGCAAUAG